GUCAUGAUGACUGGACUGAAUGUCUGCACUUCGUUUUAAUACUCACUGCUUCUGGUUAAAGGAAAUGCUGAACACCACAAAAUGACCAAGGAUGUCAUGAGGAUAUAAAAGAUCAUUGCUCAGAUAUCGGGGCGAGUAUCGCUGGAGCUCCAAUCUGAUCACGGGCAUAGAGGAACAUUUGGUACAAUCAGAUGCAUGUUAUAGAAAAUUGCUACACAUCUUUCAAGAAAAGUAACACAUUUGACCUUAAUAUUCAGAUGCACUGAUGGCGGACUCAACAACAGGCACUGAUAAUGUCACCAGGACAAACUCCUCUGUCAACACCUCCUGUCAGCUUUCUACUGAGGGGUUUGCUAUAUUUGCAAUGGUUGCCUAUGCGUUGAUAUGUACAGUUGGAAUCAUUCUCAACAGCCUGGCUUUCUGGGUGUACUUCUGUCACAUUCCCAACAGCAACAGCAUCAUCAUCUACUUAAAGAACCUGGUCAUAGCGGACUUCCUGCUGGUCCUGUCAUUGCCAAUAAAAAUUGUUGGAGGCAACCAAGUGGGCUCAGCAGCCCUGAGGAAAAUCUACUGCAAUUUCACGUCGUGCAUCUUCUACUUGAACCUGUACUCGAGCAUUCUCUUCCUGGGAUACAUUGCAGCCACAAGAUAUUUGAAAAUUGUGAAACCGCUCAAAACAUAUGCAUUUCACAAAACCAAGUCCGCAAAAAUUAUUGUUGGCAUAACCUGGGGUGUGCUUCUCAGCCUUGGGUUUAUGUACAUGCUGCUGACACUGAGAAAGUCACCCCAGAACAGUACAAGCACCAAAGCAACAUGCUUGGACUUUAGAAAAAGUUCAGGAAUUUACUGGCACAUAUGCCUCCACGUGGGUGGCACUGUUCUGUUCCUCUGCGUGCUCACCGGGCUCUGCUUCUUUUACUUUCAAACAGCAAAACGUCUCGACAAAUCCCCAUCUCCAAGUUCACUCAAGAAGCAAGCCAAGGCAAAGAACAACAUCCUAAUCCUUCUCGCCGUCUUCGUGGUGUGUUUCGUACCCUACCACGCUGCGAGGCUUCCUUACAUUUUGAGUCAGAUAAAUGUCAUCUCUGGAUGCUUUUGGAAAAAGACACUCUACCACUUGAAAGAAUCUGCUGUGGUUCUGUCAACACUGAACGCCUGCUUUGAUCCAGUGAUCUACUUCCUGUUUUGCAAGGCUUUCAGGUCAAAGUUAGGCUUGGAAAAAAAGCCAAAGGACAGCGAUUCACACAAUGAUCUGUCUUUACACGCUAACACCACACAUUCCGUACAUGACCAGUCGAGCAGUGGCCAUAUUAAGGGUGCGAAAGAAUCGAAUAUCAAUCACCUUGAACCUGCCAUUGCUCUUGAUUAUUCCAAUUACUGAAGAAAUAACUAUAUCUUUAAGAAUUACUAAAAGUUUGUUGAGAGUAGAAAAAACCAGGAUAUUGAAUCCAUAAUGACAUCAACUGCGAAAGUGCUUCAGAGCAGAUGAAUUAUUUCUGAAGUCGCACGUUUUCUCAGUAGGUGCAGACUCCUUGCAUCCACACCCAUGCUCCCCAGCUGAUCAUUUGACCCAGAUGUUAUACAGAUAUGGAUGACCCCAACACUAGCUUCCACACGGUUCAGAUCUAAAUAGAUUAGAUUAGAUUAGACUAGACUUACAGUGUGGAAACAGGCCCUUCGGCCCAACAAGUCCACACCGACCCGCCGAAGCGCAACCCACCCAUACCCCUACAUUUACCCCUUACCUAACACUACGGGCAAUUUAGCUUGGCCAAUUCACCUGACCCGCACAUCUUUGGACAGUGGGAGGAAACCGGAGCACCCGGAGGAAACCCACGCAGACACGGGGAGAACGUGCAAACUCCACACAGUCAGUCACCUGAGUCGGGAAUUGAACCCGGGUCUCAGGCACUGUGAGGCAGCAGUGCUAACCACUGUGCCACCGUGCCGCCCACUUCUGGUGUUGUUUUAAAUUUUCUGUCACAUGCUCAUGACCCUCUACGAACUGCCAAAUUCCAGUACACUGUAUCGAGACAAAAUAAGAAUUUGCUUCACGAAAUGAAAGGGAGUUGGUGGUGAAUACAUUUUCAAACAUUCGAAGCACUCUCACAAUCCCACCAUUGUUCCCCAAAUCGGCAACAACUAAUUGCCAAGGCUGAGAGAGACUGGAUUCUAACUAACAAUUCAUGCACCAAGCCUCUUGCAUCUCACUCUUACCCUAGAAUUAAAAACAUACACACGAAAAAAAAAUACCAUCCUGAUACUGAAACAAGAGAAGCGAUGAGCCGUUUCCUGGGUUGGCAGGGUCCUGCAAUUUCAGUGAGGAAAAUAUUAUCAGGGAAUGGUGUACAUAUUCAGAAAAAAAAAGCAAAGAAGUGUGGAUGCUGGAAAUCAGAAACAAAAACAGAAAUUGCUGGAAAAAUUCAGCAGGUCUGGCAGCAUCUGUGGAAAGAAAGCAAAGUUAAUGUUUCAGGUCCAGUGACCAUUCUUCAGAACAUAGAUGUUUAAUAUGUUUGCAAUAAGCAAAACAAUUUUGGAGAACUUUACAAUCAAUCACAUUCCUUCAUCUGAUUGCGAUAAAGUGACUGAAGUGUUCUGAUCAGGAAAAUUCAUGCUUUGCUGUGCUCACUGCUCCUGCCUGCGUAGCAUGUUCGGAAAACACAGCUGCCUACUUCCUCAGUCUUGCCACAACAACUGGAAUCGGACUUUUUUUAAAUCAAUACUUGGAGAAUAAUAGACUAUUGGUGGUCAUGCUCAUUAAAGUAGUUGAAAAAUUGCAAGAGAAGUAUGAAGAUCGUAGAGAAUUCUUUUGGUAAUAUCGAGUGCUUGCAGUUUUAACUGUUGUUUUGAACAUUCACCAGAUUCUGGUAUCAAUGUGAUCUUGCACCAACAAGAGUUAGUUUCGAGGGUGAACAGGAUAAUCUUCUCCCUGAAACAGUAUGCAUUUCAAGGAAACACAUACACUCAAACUAAAACAGGAAGGAGAACUCCUUUGCGUAAACAACUGUUGUAAAGAUAUCAGCAACUUCCCAAACCAAAUGGAAGUAAUCUGAAUGUGAAAUUAGAAGGAAAAUGUUGCAAUAUUUGCUUGAUAGUUCUGAAGUGACCGGUUACAGGAAAUAAGUUAA